AUGCACCCCGAGGCCCAUCGCGCGAAAUGUGGAGAAAAUUUCAAACCACCGUUGUACGAUUCCAUGACCGUUUCUGCAGUGCGAGUACUUCGCAAUGUAGCUCAGAUGAGGCUGUGGCGCAUGCUGAGCUUGCUUAAACAAGAAAAAGUGGGAUUUGUACCCACUAUGGGUGCUUUGCAUGCUGGCCACUGCUCGCUCGUGCAACAGUCGCUUGCCGAAAACGACCGAACCGUGGUGUCUAUAUUUGUCAACCCAUCGCAAUUUGCUCCACAUGAAGAUCUCGACAAAUACCCUCGUACUUUGGACACAGAUUUGGAAAUGCUAGAAAAAUUGGACGUCGAUGGACGUCGAGUCGAUGCCAUAUUCGUACCGAAAGUGUCCGAAAUGUACCCUGCCGGAGUACCAUUGGACGUUGAAAAGCAGUCAGGAGCAUUUGUCACUGUCCAAGGAUGUUCGGAGCAGCUUGAAGGAGCUCAAAGACCACAAUUUUUCCGAGGAGUUGCAACCGUAGUUACCAAACUACUCAAUGUUGUACAACCUACUAAUAUUUAUUUUGGCCAAAAAGAUGCCCAGCAGUGUGUGGUGAUACGAAACUUGGUCCGGGACCUUCUCAUAGACACGAACGUACGAGUUUUGCCGACUUUUAGAGAAAAUAAUGGUUUGGCAAUGUCUUCAAGAAACCAAUACUUGUCGCAAAAAACCAAAGAUGAAAGUGCUAUAAUAUACAAGGCACUUUGUGAAGGAAAAAACUACUUUGAUAGUCAUAAAGCUGAAGGGCCUGUUUCUGCCCAAUCCAUUAUAUCUGCAGUGAGACAAACUUUGGCAAACAGUGACUUUACAGUGGAAUACGUUUCGCUCAGUCAUCCAGAAACCUUGGAGGAUGUGUCGCUGUUGGACCAGGAAUUGGGAGGUAUUCUCUCCACGGCCGUACGGGUACCCAGGGAGUCCGGAGGAGAAGCGAGACUCAUAGAUAAUGUUGUGCUCUAG